CAAAGAUCACAUUGGACAAGCCAAGGCAAGAGACAGGUGCCACUGCCUGUUCACGUAUCUCCAAAUUGGUGGUGAGGAUCAAAACAAAGGAAGGAACCAGAAAGGGCUGACUUCAGAGACAGACAGAACCUAGCCUGUUCCCCCAGCCAAGCUGGAGUGGUUUUGAUGGAGCCCCACACGGAUAAGCUGGAGUUCUUCCGAAAACUAGGCUACAGCCGAGAUGGUGUCGUCAGAGUGUUGGCAAAGCUGGGCCAGGGGGCACUGGUGAACGACAUCCUACAGGAGCUGAUUCAGAUGGGCAACCGACCUCACGUUGAAGAAAGCUACGGAGAGAGCCCUGCUCUGAAACUUGUCGCCCGGGGCUCCUGCGGCACCGUGGACUUGUCCAGAAGGCUUCUGGGUACAGAUACUGAAGAUGAGUUGGAGGACCCUGACAAUCAUUUGAGACCCAUUGUUAUUGAUGGCAGCAACGUGGCAAUGAGUCAUGGAAAUAAAGAAACCUUUUCCUGCCGGGGAAUUCGGUUGGCUGUGGACUGGUUCAGGGAGAGAGGACACAACUACAUCAAGGUCUUUGUCCCAUCUUGGAGGAAGGAACCACCAAGAUCUGAUACCCCUAUUUCAGAACAGCAUAUACUAGAGGAUCUGGAAAAGCAGGCGGUUCUAGUGUAUACCCCAUCUCGCAAGGUCAAUGGUAAACGAGUCGUCUGCUACGAUGACCGCUACAUUGUGAAGGUGGCCUAUGAGAAGGACGGCAUCAUCGUUUCUAAUGACAACUAUCGGGACCUCCAGAGCGAGAACCCGGAGUGGAAGUGGUUCAUUGAGCAGAGACUCCUCAUGUUCUCCUUUGUCAAUGACAAAUUCAUGCCUCCUGAUGAUCCUCUGGGCCGCCACGGACCAACUCUUAAUAAUUUCCUUAGCAAAAAGCCAAAACUUCCACAGGCCUCCUGGCAGCACUGCCCCUAUGGCAGAAAGUGUACCUACGGCAGUAAGUGUAAAUUCUACCACCCAGAGAGACUGCAUCAAACCCAAAUGUCGGUGGCGGAUGAGCUUCGAGCCAAGACCAGGACCUUGCUGGGGUCAGAGGAGGAGCCGCCGGGACCCAGCCUGAAGCCUGGGCCAGUUCCCUCCCUGCCUCGCCCCAGCCUGAGCACAGAAGGACCAUGGAAUCCCAGGGGAAGCAUCAAUAAAUACAGUAGCUGUAACAGCAGCCCAGUCUCCAGUUGGACAGAAGAGAGAAUUCCUUCUGUGGAUGGGAGCUUUAGGGGAACUCUGGCCAGGAACUGGAGGGACUGUGCUCAGGAGAGGCAGGACCCUGACAGUGGCUUUCCAAAUAACUACCAAGCAGGAGAUAUUGGGUUCUUGGAAAGCCAGUUUUCCCGAUUGGCAUUUAGUGAUGAUUUAUAUGGCUGUGGCUUGCACACUGGUAUCACCACUUCCAGGAUUCAGAAUGGGACGAACAAUUUAUACCAAGGCUGCAAUCUCAAUCACUCCAGCUGUCACGGCCACGCCAAGCCUCAUCAACACAGCUUGGAUUGUAGCUGUCUAAGGAGUGGUCAUUUCCAGGAGGGGGCCAUGCCAACUCCAUAUGCUUGUAGACACUUGACAAUCAGAGGGUCUUAUUGUAAUGGUACCAGGGAGCCAGGCCCAGUCCUGCAGAAGACUUUCGCCCCUAGUAACCACACAUUCAAAGCAGAUAUGCAACAGCCCCAACGGCAGUCUGUAUACUGCUCUCACCCUCACACUCAGGAUCCAUUUCCCCAUCCCACCCAGCCCAAUGAAAACUGGAGUAUGGAGCAAGUACCGAAGCAACCACCUGGUCCAUCUUUUUGGGACUCCAGCUGGGGAAACCAUCCCUUUGGGAGAGCAGAUAGUUACCUACACUCUUCUGAAUAUAAAUACCCCACCUUGGAUUCAGUCAUUGGAGAGCGAGCCCACAUUCGGACAGCCCUUUAUAACAUUUUCCCCCAAGAUGAGGUGGACCAAGUCAUGUCUUUGUUUCCCAGCCUUGUGGAUAUCCCUAGUCUGAUGUUACUCAUCGAGAAAAACCGUCGCCUUUGUCCAUGAAUUGGAAACCUAUGAGAAGUUAGAGCAGAGCAUAUGCCUGUGGCAUCCCUAGAAUCCUUUGGACUACAUAGUUCUGGAGGCUAGAGUUGCAAACCCUACUGAAAGCAACUCAUGCACAAUUGACAUUUCCUGUUGUGAUGGCAGGACUGGUAGGGGCCCUUUGUCUCUGGGCAGGGCGACAUCCAAGCUUUCCCAAUGCACAUGGAGAUCAGGUCAAGGAAGACAAGGAAAGAUAUUCCAUUACUGAGUUUGCCCCACUCCUGCUGCCAUUUGCCUAUUUCCUGAAUGAAGGAUACAGAAUUUGAGAGGUGGAAAAGACCUCAGAGGUCCCCUAGUCUGAGCCUCCACCUGAGCAGGAAUCCAAAAGGGAUUUUCUAUAUUUUUUUUUUGGUGGGGGAGGCAAUUGGGGUUAAGUGACUUGCUCAG